GGCAGCGUUUGCGCUGAGGCGGAGGGCAGCAGGCAGGCAAGCAGCGGCGAGUUCUGGGGACCGCGGCUGAGGAAGCCUCGCUUGCCCAGGAGGUAUAAGCCAUUACUCAAGGGAAACUAAACCAUGGCUUGGAGUGAAUUCGGUGUCCUCAGCUGGCUCAGAGAGAGUCGGCAAUCCCGGAAACUAAUCUUGUUGAUUGUCUUCAUUGCUCUGCUCUUGGACAACAUGUUGCUUACUGUAGUUGUGCCAAUUAUUCCCAGUUACUUGUACAGCAUUGCACACCAAAAAAAUGCAACAGAAAUCCAAACUAUUAGGCCGGAGACAUCUACAUUAAGCCUGGAUAGUUUUCAAAGUAUCUUCUCCUAUUAUGACAACUCCACAAUGAUUACUGGAAAUCAUUCUGAAGGGACAAGACCAGGAGAUUUUUAUCACGCUCGGACAGAGCAAAUGGUAGUAAAUAUGACUCAGGCAUCACCAACCUCUGACUGCCCUAAGGAAGACAAAGACCUGCUAAAUGAAAAUGUCCAAGUUGGUUUGUUGUUUGCUUCCAAAGCAACUGUGCAGCUGCUUACUAACCCUUUCAUAGGGCCAAUGACAAAUAGAAUAGGCUAUCAGAUUCCCAUGUUUGCUGGCUUCUGCAUCAUGUUUGUCUCAACAAUUAUGUUUGCCUUUUCAGAAAGCUAUAAGUUACUUUUUAUAGCAAGAUCUCUUCAAGGAGUCGGAUCUUCUUGUUCUUCUGUAGCUGGUAUGGGUAUGCUGGCCAGUGUGUAUACUGAUGAUGAAGAAAGAGGCAAUGCAAUGGGGAUUGCCUUGGGAGGCAUGGCUAUGGGGGUAUUAGUGGGACCGCCUUUUGGAAGUGUGAUGUAUGAAUUUGUUGGGAAGACAGCACCUUUCCUGGUGCUAGCAGCAUUGGCUCUUUUAGAUGGUGGAAUACAAUUGCUAAUUCUGCAACCAUCCAGGAUACAACCAGAAAGUCAGAAAGGAGCAUCGCUGCUGACACUCUUGAGGGAUCCAUACAUCAUAAUUGCUGCAGGAUCAAUAUGUUUUUCAAAUAUGGCAAUUGCUAUGCUGGAACCAGCUUUGCCCAUCUGGAUGAUGGAGACAAUGUGUUCGAGAAAAUGGCAACUCGGCGUUGCUUUUAUUCCUGCCAGUGUCUCUUAUCUGAUUGGAACUAAUAUUUUUGGGGUCCUUGCACACAAAAUGGGACGGUGGCUUUGUGCUCUAAUCGGGAUGGUAAUAGUGGGAAUAAGCAUUUUGUGUGUGCCACUUGCUAGAAAUAUAUAUGGACUCAUAGCACCAAAUUUUGGGGUUGGUUUUGCCAUUGGGAUGGUGGAUUCUUCGAUGAUGCCUAUUAUGGGUUACCUUGUUGAUCUGCGCCAUGUUUCAGUUUAUGGAAGUGUCUAUGCAAUUGCAGAUGUUGCAUUUUGUAUGGGAUUUGCUUUAGGUCCAUCUGCUGGUGGUGCCAUUGCAAAGGCAAUUGGAUUCCCAUGGCUCAUGACCAUUAUAGGAAUCAUUGACAUCCUCUUCGCUCCUCUGUGUUUGUUUUUGCGCAGUCCUCCUGCCAAGGAAGAAAAAAUAGCAAUACUUAUGGACCAUAACUGUCACUAUAAAACCAAAAUGUAUACGCAGAACAACAUCCAGUCACAUCCAAUAGGCGAUAAUGAAGAAGAAUCAGAAAGUGAUGAGUAGUUUCUGA